UGGUAAACAAGUGCAUGCUUAUGGUCUUUUGAUAGAAGCCAACUUCAGCUCGGGCAGGUGCUGUUGUGUUUGACAGCAAAUCAAUACUUCAAAACAUUGUUAAUAAAGAGUGCAUUCCAUUGUUGUGGGCGAAGAAGGAGAAUCUUAUCCAUAUUCAGAGCUUAUAUCAGAGUUUAAUUGGAUUUAGUGGUGAGAUGGCCGAGUUACAGGACAACGUACCUCCUGGUUGGGACUGCAGGAUCGAUCUGAAAACAGGACGACAGUAUUAUAUAAAUCAUUAUACAAAGUCAACGACAUGGGAAGAUCCAAGGCUUAGAUUGAGGCAUCAUGGGACACCCUUGCACGUCGCUACCAAUCAAAUGGAGAUGAUACAAAUGCAGGUAAUUUAACAUCGGUGAAUUCCGUUCACGUAAAUCGCACACCCUUUAGUACAGUGGUUUCCAAACUUGAUGUUACUACGCCUCCCUCAAAAGUAUGUAAUCAUUUGGCGCCUCCCCUUGCAUAAAAGGACCGCGCAUUACUGCAAUAUGGAUAAGAGCACAAUAAUGUAUCGAUACUUGCUAGAUUCC